UUUGUCUUCUCACAAGUCUCUUACCGUGACUAUCACUUCAACAACAAACAAAAAAAUCAUGCAAUUCUUCCAACUCCUGGUGAUACUUGCCGCUGGCGCGUGGCCCGUCAGCGCAGCAAGCUGCCAUCCCUUCCCUUCCUCGGUGAUCGAGUUCUCAGCUGGAUUCCAGCAGCCCAACCCGCCCCGGAUCCAGGCAGAGUACCAGACCAACUUCCUUCAACACAAGUGGAACCAAAACCUGUCCCACAUCACGACCGGAUUCAUCAAGAACUCGCCAUCCCAGAACUUCGUCCAGGUCGACGAAGCGUACGAUGGUGGCCUGGCCUCCUCCCUGUUCAACUACGCCAACACCACCGACGACGGUCUGGUGGACAACAUUUUGACCGCCUAUAAUCCCCAGUCCAACACCCCCACGGUGUGGCAGGGAUUCGUCAACUCGAACUUCCCCCUGUUCCCCGAGGACAUCCUCAUCACCUAUGGUGCGGUGUUUGGCGGACUGGUCCGGCGGCGGUUCAACACGGACAUGGUGGCAGCUUGGGAUAUCAUGUACCAGGGGCUUAUCCCUGUGACGGUUUACGUGAACCACUGCAAUGUCAUGGUCGGAUAUGACUAUUUUUCGCCGGGAUUGCGGACCAGGGUUAUCACCGAGUACUUCAACAUUGAGGUCGGGUCUAAAUCACUUAUGUCGCGGUAUCAUAAAUGA